GCGGCACCAGACGCGGGAGACUCUCUCUCUCUCUCCACUCUCUCUCUCUUUUUUCUUUGUUUUUUCGUCACUUGCUCCUAAAAUCCCAAAUCGAGUAAUGGAAGAAAAAUCAAAUACGAUGAUUUAGCUUCCCUUCUUAUUCUUCCCCUAUAUUCACUGCGAUAACUUUGCCUCUCAUCUCAUAAAUUAAAAAAAAAACACUCUUCUCACAAAUUCUUUAUAAUUCCCCUUUUGAUGUGUACGGACACACCACCGAAGCAGAAGCAGAAGAAGAAGAACACUUCUAUCUCCGCCGCCGCCGUCGUCUUCAUCAUCAUCGCCGCCGUUAAAUGGGUGAGCCUAAAGACAGUCUCGCUCUCUUCCUCUGCCACGAAUCGGAGUCUUCUCUAAACGAAGACGACGACGAGACGAUUGAGAGAUCUGAUAAGCAAGAACCUCACUUUACUACUACGAUCGAUGAUGAAGAUUAUGUGGCAGACCUUGUUCUUAAAGAGAAUCUCCGAUUCGAAACCCUACCCUCUAAAACGACGUCGUCUUCCGAUAGAUUGAUUGCCAUCGAUUGGAUUCUCACUACAAGAACAAGAUUUGGGUUCCAACAUCAAACAGCUUACAUUGCAAUCUCAUACUUCGAUCUGUUUCUCCACAAAAGAUUCAUCGGUUUGCAGAAAGAUGAAACAUGGGCGAUGCGAUUGUUAUCAGUAGCUUGUUUAUCAUUAGCUGCUAAAAUGGAGGAACGUAUUGUUCCUGGUUUAUCACAAUACCCUCAAGAUCAUGACUUCGUUUUCAAACCCGAUGUCAUUCGUAAAACUGAACUGUUGAUUCUAUCCACAUUGGACUGGAAGAUGAACUUGAUCACUCCUUUUCAUUACUUCAACUACUUCCUUGCUAAAAUCUCUCAGGACAACCAUUCUGUUUCUAAAGACUUGGUGUUGUUAAGAUCCUCUGAUUCUCUUCUUGCUUUAACUAAAGAGAUAAGUUUUACGGAGUAUCGACAGUUUGUUGUUGCUGCUGUUACUACAUUGCUAGCUUCUUCUUCUACCUCAUCGGAUAUUAGAUUGACUAGAGAAGAGAUAGCUAACAAGUUUGGUUCGAUCUCUUGGUGGACUUCUAAUGAGAAUGUAUAAAUCUUGGUGUCUUUUUAUUCGAUUUUGAUUGUUUGAUGUUGAUGAUCAUAAUCUUAGGAGUGUUGGGUUUUGUAGGAAAAUGUAUAUUUGUGUUAUCAGAGAACGCUAGAGAUUGAGGAGAGGAAACAUAUGACACCUCCACCGGAAAUAGCGGUUUCUCGCGAACCGCCGGCUUCAGGAAGUGGCGCUAAACGCCGAUUGUCUUUUGAUGAUUCUGAUCAAAGUUCUCCACCAGCCAAGAGAAUGCGUAGGCUAUGAAGAGAGAGUUUCUUUCUUCUUCAAGUUUUGGCUUAUAUUGAUUUGGUUUCUUUUUUGGCAACAUAUUGAUUUGGUUUUAUAUUCAAUCAUUUGAUUAUAGAGAAAAAAUGGUCUGAAUACAUCGGUUAUUUCAAUUUUUAUGAAGUAACUCAUAUAGGUUCUUCGUAUGAAGGUCUUUGGAUUUCUUGGGGAUGAAAUGUGACUAUUAAAACAUUAGGGGCUUCUCUGAGAGAAUCUAGGAAAUAUGAGGAGUGAAUGUAAAUAAAUAAGAAAAACAGAAAGGGUGAAUAGUUUUAGGCCAAUAGUUGCAGUGCCAGUGAUUUGGUUUCACAUCCUCUUUUAUUUUUUUAUUGUCUUAUUUUUUUAUUUGUUAUGUUGCAAUUUCUUUUUCAUUUGAUAUUACAAAAUUUUGUCAUAGAUUUUUUUUUUUUUUUGGCAUCAAAGUCCAUUUUUUUAACCUCUUUAACUUUCAAAAG